UAUAAAUAAAUGGAGAAGCUCUAAAGAGAGAUGCAUAAUUAGUAUUAGUAUAUACUUUUAGAAAUAAACCGAUUAAAUUCAAAAUUAGUGAGAAUUGAAGAAUAAUAAGAGUCAAUCAAACCGAAGCAAUGUGUUCCAAUUUAAAAUAAAGAAAAUAAUUACGAUAUUAUAGUAAGAAUGACUACUACUAGUCAUAAUUCCGCAGUAUUGAAAUGAUUUAAGACAGAUACAAUCACUUGAGUAGCCAGUUCGACAAGAUUAAACAGUAGAUAGAUCAAAAAGUCUGUUUAGAAGACUUUGUUAAAUACACAUCAAAAGUAGCAUCAGAAUAUGCAACUUUAUAGAUGUUAGAUUUAAGCAUGUAAUCUAUUGAGACUAGGAUGCUGUUCUAUCCAAAUGAUUAAUAAAUGAAAGGAAGUUUAAUAACAUCAAGAGUUAAAUAAUAACAUAAACAAACUUAAGUUUUUGAAUAUCAACAUUAGAUUGAAUAAUAAUUUGAANUAUAACAAAACUUAUAAAAUUAAUGGAUGAUUAACAUAAAAGAGGUUAAUACAAAGAUUAUCCAUUAUAUGGUUUAAGUUUUGCAAAUUUAAGGAUAAAUAUAAUUACACCAGAAAUUAAUAAAUACCUUUAAAAAUUUCCAAAUGAAAGUAUCUUAUUGCAAUUAUUUCAUUAGAGUAUCUAGGUUUUACAAAAUGUCAUUUAUGUAAUUUGGAAGGAUUGGAUUAUCCAGGAGAAAAAUUAAUUUCAAUAAAUAUGAACUACAAUUACCUUAGAGGGGAUAGUUUAUAAAAAAUUUCAACAAUGUACCCCAACAUAACUCAUUUAGAUCUUAGUCAUAAUUUAAUAUCAAAUAUAGAAGUAUAAAUGAAUAUUAUUAAAGGAUUUGAAUCAUUUAAAAAAUUUUAAGAAUUUAUAACAUCUUGAUCUGUGUUUUAAUCCAGUAAAAAGAUUUAAGGAAUAUAGAAAGAUAAUUUUUGAAUUGGUUCCUGAUUUGUAAAAUUUAGAUGAUUAGUAAGAUAUUGAUGAUUCAGAUGAUAAUUCUAGCAGAGAUAAUUGGGUAUUGAUUAAUUAUAUAUUUAAAGGAAUCUAAUUAAGAAGAGAGUGAAAGUGAGGCUAGUUUUAAUGAAGAGAGUAGUGAUGAAGAUGUUAAGCCAAAAAAGAGAAAGAAAGUAAAGAAAUGAUUUAUUAUUAAUCAUGGUUUGGAU